AUGAUCAAAAUUGUUCUUAUUAUAUUGCAAUUGCUCUGAAAAGGAUACGUUAACAAUUAAUAAUGAAUAAAAUUUUAUUAAUUUUCAGUGUAAUUAAAAUUUUUUGUAGUGCAGAAAAAAGUUUUAUCAAUUUCGGUAGUUUCAUUUGUCCCCGUGAAGAGAACGCCCUCGGUCGUUGCCUAAGAGACGCGCUCAACUCCUACAUACCGCAAUUAGCAACAGGAGUGCCAGAAUACGGUGUGCCAUCAUGCGAGCCGCUUUUCGUUCCAUCGUUAGCGAUCGAACAGACAGCGGGACCAAUAUCUGUGACAUCCUCGUACACAGACGUAUCAGUCAGAGGCCCUUCGACCAUGCGGGUAAAAGAUGUUCAGGUUCAUUCUGCGAAACAUGAGGUGAUCGCUACGCUUCAUAUACCUGAACUUAGGAUGAAGGGUAACUACAACUUGAAAGGGAAACUUUUAAUGUUGCCAAUAGAGGGAGAUGGCAAAUUUUCCGCUAAAUAUGAUGACAUCGACGCAACAGUGACAAUAGUUUUGGGAAGAAAACCUCGUCUCAAUGCAGCGGAUGCUCUUGCUUGCAAAAAACUUGAUGUUAUGUUCAACGUUAAGAAGGUUUCGAUGGACCUGGACAACCUGUUUGGUGGAGAUGGAGACUUAGGAAAUGCAAUGAACAAAUUCUUGAAUGAAAAUUGGGAGAAACUGUCUAAAGAACUACAAAGUCCAAUGGAAGAUGCUUUAAAAGAUUUUUUCAAGCCGUUAGCAGAUCAUGUAUUGAGUACAUUAGACGCUGAUGAUAUUUUGUUACCAUAAAUACUGUAAAGAAAUUGACACUGAAAAUAUUUAUAAUUUAUUUAUUACUAUUAAUAUUAAAUUAGUUAAAAUGAAAGUAAAACCUGUAAAAAUAGUUAUUAAGAAUUAAAUAUUCCUAGUUUAGAUGUAAAGUAAAAAAUAAAAUAAGUCUUAAUUUUUACAAAUUGUUUAUUUCCUUUCU